UUAAGCCUCAAAAUCAAAAAAAUUUUUCGACGGAAGCGGUUGUGUUAGCGGAAAGUUGUGUUUUUUGGCUUCGCGUUCGUUCGUUGCAGAGCCUUCCAUGGAAAACUGAAGAAAAUAAGCUCUUGGCUAAAAAACAAACGCUGCAAUUUCUGUCCAGUCACCGCAAACGCAGAGAAGGCAUAAAUAAUUUUCUGCAAAUUUGGCAACAACUCUAGAGGCGUCGAGAUAUUUGUCAAAAAAUACAAAAAAAACAACAACGCGAGUGCACGUGUAUGUGAUUGUGUGUUGUCAAGUGCCCCUGUGUGUGUUUCUGUGUGUGACAGAUAAAAGAAAAGGAGUGAAAAAAAAAAAGUUGUCGAAAGUCGUGAAAGAAAAUUUAAGCAAAAUAGUGCAAGCGCCGCAGGGAAAUUGUCCGGAAAAAUCGCAAAAUCCAUUGUUUUUUGCCGGCAUCUUAAUGACGUCACGUCGUGGUGCAAACAACAAGAGCAACAACAACUGCAACAUCGCGCGUGUUUAGUUACACACACACCAGCGUAUCGGCAAGCAAGAAAAAAAAGGUUAAAAAUACAUUUUCCAUCGGCGCAAAAGUAAAACAAUAAACAAAUACAAAUACAAAAAAAUACAGCAGCCCAACAACAAUUUCAACAACUUCAACUUUGCCAGCAACAACUACAAGAGCAACUACAGCAACAACAAGUCAGCUGGACUACCGAAGAUAAUGUAAAAUCAGCUUACACACAAAAAAAGCAGUAAAAUAAUAAAAACAGAAAAUUAACAGCUGCGUCUAUCUAUAGAUAUAAACACACACACACACACAUCUAUAUAUUUAAAUAAGCGUUCGUUCGAUUUGAAUCAAAAUUAUAGCCCAAGCUAUCUAUCAGCUAUCAGCUACCCCCACAAGCUUUGUACUCCACAAAAACGCUAACGAACAAAAUCGAUAAAAAGCAGAAACCAACCGAAAUCAUACCAUCUACCAUAGAUCUACAUGCUAUAUACAUAUAUAGGUGCUGAUCUGUGCUGUUGAAAUUAGUGUUUUUUGUGUGUGCGUGUCGCGAAAGGAGCGAAUAAAUCAAGUAAAAAUAAAAAUAAGAAACAAAAACUUUCUCUAGUCGCUAGGCUAAAAUAUAUAAACUCCAGCUAAACCCAGAUCCGUAAACAGCAAAUAGUUAUAUAUCUAUAGCCCCGAUACCGAUACCGAACCGAUACCGAUACCGAUACACGAUGGCCAACGUUGUGAAUAUGAACAGCCUGUUCAACGGCAAGGAUUCGCGCUGGCUGCAAUUGGAGGUCUGUCGCGAGUUCCAGCGUAACAAAUGUUCGCGCCAGGACACCGAGUGCAAGUUCGCCCAUCCCCCGGCCAAUGUGGAGGUCCAGAAUGGCAAGGUCACCGCCUGCUACGACAGCAUCAAGGGACGCUGUAAUCGUGAUAAACCGCCGUGCAAAUAUUUUCAUCCACCACAGCAUCUGAAGGAUCAGUUAUUGAUAAAUGGACGCAAUCAUUUGGCCCUCAAGAAUGCACUGAUGCAACAGAUGGGCAUCGCGCCCGGCCAGCCGGUCAUAUCGGGCCAAGUGCCAGCCGUGGCCACAAAUCCCUAUCUGACUGGCAUUCCGGCCAACUCAUACAGUCCGUACUACACAACGGGACACCUAGUGCCCACCUUGCUGGGUCCUGAUCCCACGGCCGUGGCUUCCCAGCUGGGACCAGUGGUGCCCCAGGCGGUGCAGGUGGCCCAGCAGAAAAUACCACGAUCCGACAGAUUAGAGGUGUGUCGCGAAUUCUUGCGCGGCGCCUGCAAACGGGCGGAGUCGGAGUGCCGGUUUGCCCAUCCGCAGGAGAGCGUCGCCAGGCACGACGACGGCUCGAUUACGGUUUGCAUGGACGCCGUGAAGGGCAGGUGCGCACGCGACCCCUGCCGCUACUUCCAUCCCCCCCUGCACCUACAGGCACAAUUAAAAGCGGCCCAAACACGCGCCACCGCUGUCGCUGCUGCAGCUGCGACCUCACCUCUUGCGGCACACCAUCACCAGCAACAACAACAACAGCAACAACAAUUGCAACACCAGCUGAACAACAUGAACAACAACCACAGCACCGCUGGCACAGCAGCCACCUCGACAACAGCAACAACCACCACAAACAACGCCGCUGCCGCCGCCGCCGCUGCUGCCGCCGCCGCUGCCGCCGCUGUCAUGGGCCAUCACACACUGGAAGUGGGCAAGAAGCGGGCGGCGGACACAACCGAUAUGUUUCCACUGAUGGAUGUUAAAACGGUUGGUUCAUUUUACUAUGAAAACUUCCAAUUCUCUGGCAUGGUACCGUUCAAACGUCCAGCUGCCGAAAAGUCUGGCAUUCCAGUUUAUCAGCCCGGUGCGACCGCCUAUCAGCAGCUAAUGCAGCCCUAUGUGCCAGUCUCAUGUGAGUAUCCCCAACAACAACAACAACCACAACAACAACAACAACAACAACUACAUCAACAACAACAAAAUGUACUACUACAACAACAACUACAAUUAAGUAGCGCCAUAACAACAACAACUACAACAGCAACAGCCAGUAAUAAUAUGAUUAAUAUUAUUAAUAACAAUAAAAGUACCAUAAAUGCUGUAAUUGCUACUACCAAUAUACCAUCAUCAGCAACAGCAAUAGCAACAACAACAGCAUCAGAAUCAUCAUCAUUAUUAUUAUCAUCAGCAUUAGCAACAACAACAACAACAGCAACAGCCAUUACUAAUCAAGCUAACGAUCACAAUCCCGAUAACGAUAACGAUAACGAAAACGAUAGCCCUGCUGAUGCUGACACUGAUAAUGCCGAUCGCAGCGAUGCCAUUGAUCAAGCUAGCAAUCAAGACAAUAAUAGUGACCAAACGAAUCUGAAUCUGAAUCCGAACCAAAAUCCAAGUCCCUCGAACGAUUGUAAUACAACACGAACAAUCUCACCAAACCCAGAAACAUCUGUAGCAGCUACAGCAGCAGCAAUAACAACAGAUACAUUAGACACUGCUACUGUCCCUGCAGCAGCAUCUGCCACGCCCCCCCAUGGCAAUACACCACCGCCCCCUGCCGAUUCCCCGCCAGUCGAUAGUCUUUUGCCCCUGCCCAAUGGCCUGGGCGAUAAUAACAAUUACUUGUCCUAUAUCAAUAACAAUCUGAAGUCGGCCAAUCCCGAAGAACUAAAUGGUGAUUUAGAAAAUAUUAGCCCAGCAGCAACAUCCGCAUCUCGCAACUUUGCCAAGCAGAAUGGCGAUGGCUAUUCUAGGUAUACGAUUAAUGGUCACAGUACUGGCAUUCUGCCCACACCCACUACUUCUGCUCCGGCAGUUUCCUAUCAGUCACAGGCUCAGGCUCAGGCUCAAGCCCAGGCUCAGGCUCAAGCUCAGGUUCAGGCCCAGGCUCAAGCACAAGCGCAAGCCCAAGCUCAAGCCAAUUUGCAGCGCAUUAAUUAUGCCAUGCCCGCCUAUAGCUAUGGUAAUCUGUACUCCCCCUAUGGAGGAGCCACCUCCACCAUGGUCAGUCUGCCCAGCAGUACACCCUCCUAUGCCCAGGCACAAAUGCAACAGCAGCAACAGCAUCAGCAACAGCAGCAGCAACAACAGCAGCAGCAACAGGCCCAAGCUCAAGCCCAAGUUCAGGCUCAGGCUCAGGCUCAAGCCCAUGCCCAGGCAGCCUAUGCUCAGCAGGCCUAUGCCGCCUAUGCUGCAGCCGCAGGUUUAACCCCUCAGGCUUCCAAUGCUGGAGGAUACUACACCACCGAUCCCGCUGCUUUGGCCAAGGAGGUGGCCCAGAAGAACUAUGCCCUCAAAGUGGCUAGUGCUGCCUCCAAGCCCGGAGGAGCCUCCUCGGCGGCAGCUGCCUACACUGGCUUAACCCUUAACAAGAGCUAUGUGCCAGCUGGACAACAACCUGUGCAGGCAGCUCAACCUCAGGCCGUUUCCAUGGCAGCUCUACUGCAAAUGCAAGCUCAGGCUCAAGCUCAAGCCCAGGCCCAGAUGCGCCAGUUGGGCUCACUGCCAAAUUCCGGACUUACUACCCCAGUGCCUGGCACUCCAGUGCGUUCCACACCAGCUGGAUCAGUUAGUGCCAGUCAAUAUCAGUCGGCUGCCCUGCUAAGAGCGCCCUCACCCAUGCCAUAUGCCCAGGCCCAAGGUUACUUCUAUCCCGGCAUGAUGCCCACGGCAACCUAUGCCAUGCCUCAAACUCAGGCUGCUGCUGCACAGCAAUACGCAGCAGCUGCUGCAGCAGCCGCAGCAGCAGCAGCACAGGGAGGAACUCCAGGCAGUGCCAUGGUCCUGAAUCCCUACAAAAAGAUGAAGACCUCUUAAGAAACUGACUAACUACAAACCCAAACACAACUGUACUUAAGACACCCAGCCAUCUAACAGAUGAAAAGUCACACUUAAUUAGAUUCGUAGAUUUAAACACAUCGAAGACGUAAGAUUAUGUGCCUCAGUUUUCUUGGAAAAGGACAAGUAGAGAGAAAACCGACCUUAGUUGUAUAAUAGGCCUCAUAGCGAUAGACAAACGACGAACCAUGACACGAUAACACUUAAAUCAGACCGACAGCGAGACAGAUCGUAGAUCAUCGAAGCUUACUAACACGAAUGCCCAAUUCUUGCUGAUAAUUUGCCAUUAAGUUAUUUGACAAAACGAAAUACAACCUCACUGUGACUCCAAAGUGUUGCCAUUUUCGCACAAGAAUCGAAAAAGCAUGCUUUCAAAGCACUAGCAAACAGAAGAGAAGCAGAUGUUAGCUGAUAGUAAUACUUAAGUUCCUUUUUUUCGGAUAGCACUUAGUCAACACUAGUUUAGAAAAAGGAGGGCGGUUAAAGAGAGGGGAAAUGAAACACAACGACGUAGAACUGUGAUAGCGAAAAAGCUUUGAGGGAUCAAAAAGUUAAUGACAUGGGCUAAGAGAAGGACAAGCCCCUUAGCUGCUGCCGAUGCUGGGUACAGUUGUGAUUGCAUGUUGCUAGCUACAGGUGCUUAAUCCACAUCGCCGUCCCUGUCUCGUAUAGCUAUCUCUCUCGAUCCCGCUCACCAUCCAUUUUCAGUGCUCUCUCUCUCUCUAACAACCUAUCGCUGACUCUAAUUGUUUCCUAACUAUAACUAGCUAGCUAGCUAGCGUAAAUGCUGUUGUAAUUGUUUAAAAUUGUUGAGCAACGAUAAAUGCGUAACGAAUAUUGUCUAGUUUAUAUAGAUUACUUAUACGAUAUACAUAUAUACCUAUGUGUGCUGUAUGCUGCUACCCAUAUACAAUACGAUAUAUACACCCACACUAUGUACUCUAACACACGCUCAUCCUUCACCAAACCAAACACCGAAAAACAAAAAAAAAAUGGCAUAAACAUGACCAGGAUCGAUCUGUAAAUCAUAUGUCUAGCUUACUAAUCAGAUAUUACAGUACAAUCACCCACUAUCAAGCCUCUCUAUCCGUAUUACUAUAACACACGCACCAAAACACCCGUACACUUUUCAGACUGUUAAGCCAGCAAAAUUGAUUUAUGUUAAUGUUAUGUUAUCGAGAUUUAAAUUUGAUGUGUUGACCAGAACUAUGUAAAUCCUUUUGAUUUUUAACGACUUUCUCCCACACUCUUCAUCUGUCUCUAAAACCCACUCUAUCGCCCACUCUUUCGAUGUAUUAUAAAUGUUUUCCUUUCUGUAAACGAAUUGUUAAGCAAAGAAUAAAAUCAUUGACAAACAGAACUAAGUUUUUAAUGUUAGAUCUCGUGUGAUUAUCCGUUUUUCCUUUACUUCCUUUUCUAUGUAAUUUUUACGUUGAUAUUUAUGUAUUUUAUGUACUUAUAAACCAGUUUUUAGUGUAGUUAUUAUAUAAUUUUAAAGUGUGUUCCCGAUUGAGAAAUAUUUGAGAAGAUUCUAUAACAAGAUAAAAUUGCCACUGACUUGCGCACCUAAAGUUUUAGAUUUCCCCCGCCUACAUCCCAAGCACCCGCAAAAACUCCUCAUCCGAGAACAUCCUACAUACAUUACUAUUCGAUAUAUAUACGAUAAUCUCUGUAAAAUUGUUUUUAAUUAAAGUACUUCUAAUGUUUUACAACAAUUUGAUGUUUGCCACUAAUUCUUAUCCUAAAUCUAAUUCUAAUCCUAAUUCUAGUUUAGUUUCGAUAGUUUUUAUUAAUGUUUUAUUUGAAAUACCGUGUGUUUAUCUAAAUAUAUAGUUUACGAAAAAACAAAUAUAUAUAUCUUAUUGUGUGUUGGUAUUUUACUUUAUUUGAUUUACUUAUUUCGGUAUUCACUUGAUAUUCGUUUUCUGUUGUGCCGCUUUUACAUCUCACCUCUGAUUUAAAUGUACUCCAAUGAUAUAUGGACCUUAUCAGAUGCCGAUCCACAAAAACACAAGCUUUGCCGAGCGCUUUGGGCAGAGCAGCACUGUUAUAAUCAAUCUAUAUCCCUUCCCAGAGCUUGGCGAAUUUUUGAUUUUUAAUUAUAUAGAAAUAUUUUUUUAUAUUCGCUCAUUCCCCCGCUAAAUAUUUCUCACACCCUCACAGAAACACCCACAUAAUCUUAGGACUGCCAGACAUUUCUUCUUUUUGACCUGCUUCCCUUACCACUGCUUCUUCCCAAAGCAAAACCCGAAAUCAUUCUCAUCCUAUAUACUUUUUAGCUCUUAGAAUAAUGGCAAGCAAAAUGAGUACGCUAAUGGUAGAGAAUUAGUUGUAAAAUCUGAAUAUACUAUUUAUCUAAACUACGGCCAGCUAAUGCUUGGCUUACUCUAUAUACUCGAUAAGAAAGAUGCUUACUAAACAUGACAGCCGAAUACAUUACUAUAUAUACGAAUAGAAAACUAAACCAGAUUAAAAUAUACCUAUAUCCAUCAUAUAUCUCAAUGUCUUGCCUAAAAGUAUGAUAACAUUAUCUAUAUGUGUCGUAUGGUUAAUUUUUUCGUUGAUAAUGUAGAACUGUUGCCGUUGGUCAAUAAAUUCAGCAAAUGAAAAACUAUGCAAAAUGUUUAAAAAACGCUCUCAAAAUAACUAAGAACUAAAGCAAAAAAAAAAAAAAAACGAAACGAAAACCAAAAACCAAAAACAAAACACCACUCACCACUGCAUGGCGCCAAAAUAUAACUGACUUGCAUUUCAGAUCUAAGAGCUCAUAAUUUAUUCCGCUUCUUUUUCAACUUAGCAAUGCACCAAAAACACAGCAACAAACAGACAAACAACAAAAACAGUAUGUUAACAUUAUCAUGCAAUAAUAAUUGUCAGUUGACACUAGAAUAACAAUGAGUUAGGCUGAUUUUCGAUUUACAAAAAGAAAAGAAAGAAGAAAAAAUAAUAAAAAAAAACAACCACUUAGAAAACCACAGUCCAUUCCAAUAUAGUCAAGUGGGUUUUCAAGCCUUCUUCAAUAGACAGAAGUACUGUACCGUCCAACAGAAACUAUAGUUUAGUGGAAUCCACCUAGUUGCCUCUUUUUAAUUUGUAGCCAGCCCAAAAUCUCACACACAUUACACUGAGAGAAGACGAAGUGUAUGCAGGCUCCCAUUUUGAAUUCACUCCCAUCGACGUUAAGUGAGCGAAAAGUAUGGCAUUUGUUUGCAUGUCAAAUAAGAGAGUUGGGAAAAGAGCAAGAAUGUCGAAGUUAAAAUUAUUCAUAACAUUUAAAUAUAUAUGUCGAAAUAUAUAUAUCUAUAUUCACAUCUACACACAAGCAAAGACACUAAUGAAUAUGUUAUAUCUGUGCUAACAUUAGUCGUAUUAUUAUAAAGACAAAACAAAUUAUAUUGAAAUUAUAUUAUAUACGUUUUAUUGUAAAAACCGUAAAACAACUUGUUGGCUUCUUUUACUCGAAACUUGGAAAGUGAUCAACUCAAAACUAACAUUCUCUUUUUCUCACCCACUACUAAUCCAUAAACAACAGUUUGCUGUGCGUUGUCUCUUUCUCUCUCUCUUUCUAUUUGUUGGCUGUUUUUAUUAAUAAAUUAAUUUAAUUUUUUUUUAAUUUUAAUGGUAUAUUUAUGAUUUUACACCUAAGUUGGUCUACUCAUUUUGCUGAAUAUUUAAGUUGAAUCAAGCUUUUCGCUAUUUUCUACGCUUUUUAAUUAAUGAACUUCGGUGGUAAUUGUCUAGGCGUACGUAAAACUCAAUGUGCUCUCUGCUCGACUAAUAAACUCCUUUUAAUUUCCUCACACUUCACACAGACACACCCGAUAUCCUUUGGUAGAACUCUCGAUACACUUGGCUUGCUGGACUAUCCAGAGAAAUAUUACUGUAUUAUUUGGCAAAAGCUGUUCUUGUGUAUGGAAUAAACUAUAUAUAAUAUGUCAUUAUACCCACUAGAGUUAAGCGCUUUUUGUAAUGUUAUCAAAGAAAAUGCUUCGAAUUAUUUUAAGUUUUUGCCAACAUUUUGCUCUACUUUAAUCUAAACUCUCUUUCAAGCAACUUUAAAUCUUUAUCUUCUAGAUGUUCCUCACACAACUUUAAGAUUUUCAAUUUGAAUAUUUAUAUCUUUCACUAGCAUGAUCCUUGAAUCAGUCGGUCCUUCGAUAUAAUCCCAACUCAACUUGAAGCUUUUCUUUGAGUUCAUUACAAAAAGUGUGAGCGUUACCAAAGAAACAGUAAUGUCGUCUCUCUCGAAAAUACACACCCUCUUUCGCCCGAAAGCGCUCGUCUAUCUCUUUCGCGGAGAAAUUAUCGGGGAAAAGUACGCUACUAUGCGACCUGAUCAUCUAAUUUAAUUUCAGUUACCUUCAUUUAGUUGGCCUUUCUUGUGUUUACUUUGAUUUUAAAUCUCUCUACAUGAUUUUGAGACUUUUCGAUUGGAGCGUAAUUUGUAAUUUUUCAGCAUGUGCUCAAUGAAACAGAACUUUUUUGUAGCAAGUAUUCCGGUAUGACUAUGAGUAUGAAUAUCAAGCAGUGACGUUGCAAGUGGCUGUCUCUUUCUACCCUCUAUAUAUGUAUCUCUCUCGCUCGCUCUCGAGACCGAUAUAAUACUACUCGUACAUUGCGUUUGUUCACAUACAUAUAUAACUCGAGUAUGGCUUCUGAGGCAUGUGGUAUGAUGGUAAAGCUAUACGAAAGCACUUCUAAGGUAAGCUGGUGCACCGCCCCAAUACCCGAGCUUUUGUUUACUCCCAUAAUGGUAUUACGAUUAUAUCUGAAGACUGAUACCUGCUAUAUAGAUGCUAAGUAUGUUUAAAUUUAAUCCUUUUUUUUUUGUUUUCGUAGACUUCUCGUUUGUCGUUUGACCGCUUCGAUCGGUGGAGCUAAGGAAGAUCGAAGAUCAAACAUCGUUCGGACAUUCGAUCUCCUUAGCUCGACCGAAACACACACAUACAUAUAUACAAUACACUUGUGGCCCAGAAAAUAUUAUUAACAUGACUUCUUUUUUGUUUCUUUUCAAAUGAAUUUUUUCUUUCUUUUUCGUAGCAGCAGGAUAUCAAAAAGAUCCGAAAUGUAAAAUGUUUGACUGUUUGCUGAACAUAGAGGAGACUAUACUCCAUAACACGCACACUCACACACACAACAUACACUCACACCUACACACAUUUAUUCACACUCACACUUAGUUAGCAAGUUUGUAGUGCGAGAUGCUUUCUAGGUGAAGUUGCUUUUGAAGGCACUGCGAAACGCUUGAGAACGAGAACAUCCAAAAUCAAAUAGAAUACCGCUUCAACUUUUCCUGCGCUGGAAGAAACAGAGUCUAUAGCCCAGUCACACACACCCAAAAAAAAACAAAGACAACCAAAAACACACGCACACACCCCCAAAAAUAAAACAAACACUACAACUACAAGGCAAACUGGUAAACCCAAAAAAUUUAGUGAAAGUUUUCUUGCGUUUUCCCUUUGAAAUUUGAAACUUGAUACUCCUAUUGCAUACCCUUAUAUAUUUAUCAAUACAUGUAUCUAUCUACCAUAUUUGACUGACUUUUUCAGGCUUGUUUGUAUGUAUAUGUAGUAAGUAUUUGCCUUGUUUCUGUGUGAUGUCCUGUGAGGAGCGAUUGUCCCCUGCUUAAUAACCGAACCGAGCUUAUACCCUCUUUUUUUCUCUCGUUUUCAGCAUUUACGGCUGACGCAGUAACAAGUUUGAAAUGCGCUUCAAAAAUUGUGAAUAGCUGAUGCUGCUGCCAAAUGAGUUUUAAUUUGAUUACUAUUUAACACAUGCCAUUUAUUUAUUAUUACUCAUCCUUUUUUUCUGCCUUUUUCAGUUUGCCGCUUAGCCUGCGCUUCAUAGCCGUUUUUAUUUUAGUUUAAUCCUUUUAUUUGCAGCGUCGACUAACCGCCCAAGCCCCAAAAAAGUAUGCUACUGUUUUAUAAUUUGCUAAUUUGCCUCCUGCUGCUACCAUCGAGCUUAAAAACCAAACCAAACCAAACCAAAACAAACUGAACCGAACCCGAACUAAUCUACGAUAGGUUUAAGUGUGUUUGCCUUUUUGCAUAUGCGAACAACAGAGCCAGAGAUCCAAAAAAAACUUUUCCCACCAGCAACAAGUUAAUUACACGAGGGGUUGCGGUCUGUAAGGACGAAAAAGCCGUAAUUACAGCACGAAAACAUUGUUAUUUUAAUGGGGGCGUGGUAUCACACAUUUACAUUUAUUAACUCGUGUCCCGUGUGGCGCCCAAAACUUUAUUCUCACCUCUUUCACAAAGUUUUUUUUUCUCCUCGAGGCUUCCACUUUAUAUUAGCAUAAUUCGAAAUCAGGGACAGUUAACGAGAUGGAAGAUAGGUCCAAAUCUGACCAACAAAUGGUUAAAUUUCGGUUUCAGAUACUAGUUAAUCUUGUUUUUCGCAUAUGCAGCUUAAGCUUAAUCUUAAGAUUUUUAUAUAAACCUAUUUGUUUUGAUUUCUUUAAUGGAUUUACAAAAAAUAUAAUUAUUUACUCUAAUUUUUCUACCUUUUUUACAUGCUUACACACAUGCGCAAAAAAUCAACAAUAUAUAAUAUUUAAAACAUGAAAACAAUGUUCUUACCAUUUGCAUGCAACUCAAACAAAACGAUACCAAAUGUUUAUAUCUAUUUAAUUUAUGAAUAACAACAAUCACGCACGGAUUUGGAUCGAAAAAACAAAACAAAUGCUGCAUGGAAAACCAACAAAAACCGAAACUAAAAUUAUUAUGUGUAUUUUUGUGUCCACAUAUAUUUUCAUUUUAAUUUUUAUUAUCACCGAACCACACACUCACCAA